CUCUUAGAAGCUACAGGGCAUCUAAGCAACACACACAAUCCAGUCAGUGUAUGGACUUUCUGGUUGAUUACAUUGAGUUUCAGUUGAUUUCUCGGUUUGUCCUUGUGUAACUGAACCGACUGCAGCUUUUUACCCACAUGACACUUAGCUUUGGACAGAACUGUGAUCAGGGGUUGACAUGAGAAAGCAUCUGAGCAGUUUACAGAACUGAGCACUUCCCGCUGCUUUAAAUAAAGUAGUAAGCACGGCACGCGAACAGAGCAUGCUCCACAGCUUUGCAUCAGUGAGCUGUGCUACAGUCUGCUUCGACCAGAGAGCCUGAGAUGAGCUGAAGUCAACUUUUACCACCUUUUACCGUCACAUCCAUCCCUCUGCUUUACCAGCAGCAAGAUCUUCUAUUCAACAAUGCUGCUCCUCAGCAUGAAGACGUAUCCAGCUCUGCUAUGGAGGAUUUGUGUUUUGUUUGCCGUGGAGUCCCUGACUGCUCCCACUCCACAACCCACCGACGGUAACUUCACUGUUAAGGCCUCGACUGUACUUUACGGUGAAAAAGAGUUGCAGCCUGCAACCUGGAAACCGACUCACAAACCUGCAGAAGUUAGCGUUGCUGCAGAGACAGAGAACGCAGUGCUGCCCACAGUGGAAACGCAAGAGGCUAACAGUUUAAAUAACAGCACAGUUGGUUUGGUUGUCAUGAGCACUGCAGCAGAAACAGCAGCAGCAGCUACAAGCGGCUCAGAUCACAGAUUGCUUCAAACCACCACAGCAGAGACCACAGCUGCAAGUGAAGACCAGCUCCACAACUCCACAACAAUCACAGACAAACAUGCUCAGGAUCAGUCCCAUCAACCAUCAGCCACCACUUUUAAUGACACAACUGCUCCAGCAGCAACUAUUGCCGCAUUUACAGCCACGGUGGUUGUGUCUUCUCCGCAGCCCACAUCCAUCAUCAAGUCUGAGGUCACCUCCCAGAUAUCUUCCACCGUCUCCUCCAAUGAGGCCACUCAGAUCUUCAACCAGAACCUCAGCAGUCCUUCAGCUUCAACUGGAACCACAAUGACAACAAACCCUACGUCAGAGGCAGCACCUGUGUUUAACCCCACCUCUAUGCCUGGUGCAACAACUGAGACGUCCAAAAUCAGCUCUGAGCUUCCAUCUACAUCUCAUCCCAUUUCUGCUACGACUGUCCUCACAUCUACAGGAGCAGCAGGAUCCAGCUCCACGCCUACGUCCGUCUCAACCGACCCUCCCAGCUCCACCGUCUCCAACAGCUCUGCAGGAAUCCUGGUCCCUGAUAACCCCAAGAAGCUACCGGUUCCAACAUUUAGACCAAUGCCAGCAACUACAGCAGCACCCCGUCACGUCACAAAGAGCCCCUCCAGCACUGAGACCCAACCCUGCUCCACCCGAAGCCUGGCGAGGAACUGCCUCAUCAUCAUCGCCGCCCUGGCAGCGCUGGCCACUGUCUUCAUGGUUUCCACCAUCGUCCUCUGCACCAAGCUGUCAGCAAGGAAGUACAGAGUCAAGAAACCCCAGCAGGGUACUGAGAUGAUGUGUAUCUCCGCCCUGCUGCCCGAGCCCAGCUACAGCUACACCAGGCAACGCAACCCAGUUCGAAACGGAGUCCGGGUGAUUCCCGGAGGUGGAGACAGCGACGACGAUUUAGGAGAUAACCUCACUCUCAGCAGCUUCCUCCCAGAGAAUGACCGAUGUGUUUAGAUGGAUUUACAACCCAUGACUUUACACAUCAGAUAUUAGACUGGUCUGUGGGGUUGUCAGUGAUGUGGAAACUGUUGCUCUUUGCUUCCCCUUUGAUGUCGGCGGUUUAGCUUCGAUGCACGCCUCGUUUCUGUGGAGGAAGAGGCAUAAAAACCACAAAUGUUCAAGCACCAUGAACUGUAUCUGGUAUCGGGACUUUUUGCAUGACUUUACACCAGAGGAUUUAAGUCAGGAUGAGGACAGUUGUGUGAUCAAAGGUUGUGUUUUUUUAGACAUCCGGAGCUGAGGCCUGAUGGUAUUUCACUUUGCAACGGGGGACAGGAAGGCUUCGACAAGGGAUUGUUGUUCUUCACAGACGCUGUACAGUUUAGAAAAACUGUUCUGGAGACUGAAGGCUUAACUGAAUGCAGGAUUUUGAGUGAUGUGUUUCUGUUUAAUGUGUAAAUAUGCAGUUUCUGUACUGUGGUAAUUUAUUAAACACGUCUUAUUUAACUUUUAGGUAAUGCUUUCCUUUAUGAGUGUGUUAUUUCCUUAUAAUUUCUUGCAGCUUUACUGGAAAGCAUGUAAUUUGAUGUGACUUUUACAGAUAAUUAAAGAGAGGUAAAGCUUGGA